CUCAACAACACGAGUCCUCUUUUUCUUCAAGAACAAACUUCAGCGUGUAAGCCUUGGUAAAAAAUGAACUUCGAUGAUGGUUCUCCGACGAGAAGUCCGGCAGUUUGCUUUCCCCUCUCAAGUUUCUCUUCUCUCAACUUUCUUUGUCACACUUUUCUCUUUGCAGGUGAUACGUGGAAAAUCCUCAAGACCCCUAUAAUGGGCUGAGGUGCAAAAUGCCCCUUUUGCCCUUGACCGUUUUUUAAGGAGAGUGGUUUCCCUUGACAACUUAAACACUCCACUCCACCCAGUCAACACAAGUCCUCCCUGCUCCUGCUCCUGCUCCUCCUGCUCCGUUGUUAUACUUAUAAACAUCCACCACCACCACCGACGCCCUUCCUACCAAAUCCAUGGCCGCUGCCGCUGAAUUUUCGUGUCUUUCUUCAUUUCCGGCUGGUUUUGUUUUCCGUCCCACGGAGGAGCAGCUCAUUACCCACUACCUGAAGAACAAGAAUGUUGGCAACGAGUGUGUUGUUAGUUUUAUCAAGGAGAUUGAUCUGUACAAGUUGGAACCCGAGCAACUCCCAGAGAAAUCGUUCAUCCCAUCUGAUAAUUUUGAGUGGUCUUUCUUCCGGGCCAACACCUUUGACAUUGAAAGAACCACGGGUACUGGCAGCUGGAAAUCCAGCGGUGAACCCCGUCGAAGCAAGGGAGGCUAUGCUAUAAAGACCAAUUGGGUGAUACACGAGUAUAAGCCUCACCCAGUUUCAAAAACCCCUUCCAAGCACCCAUUCCUCAUUUUUCGAUUGAAGAAUGAAAACCCAGAUGGAGAGAAGAAAAUCACACAGAAGCCUGGAGCUGGAACUUCUGAAAAUCCAGAUAAUGCCAUACAGAGUGUAUAUGAUUUUGAAAAGCACAUUACGGAAUCGGUGUUCGGCAAGCAGAAAAACAACUUGGACGAGAUGACAUCAAACAAACACGAGGAAUCGGACACUCUUAGACUCUCAUUUUCAAUUCUGCAGGCUCAAGAGGAUAGCACACGCACACAAAUUGUGAAUCCACCCCACCCAUCUACCAAACGCAUUCACCACAACUCCA